GGGCUGUUAAAUAGAUCAGAGAGAGAGAUCAACACACGCACACACAGCCAUCCCUGGGCUGAGAGACGGUGGUUCCUAAAGUCUAGUGUGCGUCGAGCGGAUAUGGAGAAAAUGUAACGUUGCCGCGGUAGCCUCCUAAUCUCCGACAUGAAGACAAGUAAUGCAUAGUAUUGGCCUUGAUUGGACAACAAAAUAACAACAACCAACAGUGCAAGGAUUGGCUCCCCGACAUCAGCGUAGCGCCGUGCAGUGAGUCGGACAUCGAGCCUCUCCCAGGUGGGUUGGCAUGGCCCAGUGAUGAACAGUGCGGCAGUGCCCGGCAGCCCGGAGUUCUCCUCAUGCCCACUGCCCGACUGGCGAGAGUUCUGCGAGCUCCAUGCCCGUGCCUCCGCCGCCGACUUUGCCCACAAGUUCCACCGCUUCUUGUCAGAGAACCCGUGCUACGACUCCCCGGGCGCCGACAGCAGCUUCUCGCAGCACUUCGCCAGACACUUCCUGGAGUGUUUCUCUGCUGCUGUCACACAGGCCAGGGACCACCAGGCCUCGCUCUUACCAGGAGACGACGACUCCAACGCUCCCCCCAAAUACAGCAUUGUUCCCUUCCUGGGCAUCCAGGGCUGCCUUCUGCCCUACGGACACAACGACCUCUACCAGCGGCGCAAGGAAGCCGGUGCCUCCAGCGAGUCCCUGGACAGUAUGGACAGUGGAGGUUUAGGACUAGAAGGGAUAGGCAGUUCCUCCUCCAUGGCUAUGGCCACCUCCCGCAUCCCCCAGCCCGCCCACAAGCCCUCUGCUCUGGGCCAGUCACGCAGCUCAGAGGACGUGUCAGUGGAACACCCCAAGGCCCGCUUCAAGAAGGGAUUCUCUCUGAGGAACAUGAGUCUGUGUGUGGUGGACGGGGUGAAGGAGAUCUGGCACCGCCGCUCCUCCCCUGAACCAGACCCUGUCGGAGGGUCCGGAGGGGUCAGACGGGUCAACGGAGGAGGGGAGCCAGGGGGGGAGAGAUGGUCCCAGAGACUGCGUCUUCCCAGGGGGUCUCAGGGGCACAAGGCUGAGCUGCUGGAGAUCCAGAGAGAGGGGGCUCUGCGUUACAUGGUAGCUGAUGAUACUAACUGUAUAGGGGUGCCUCAGUGGCAGAAGUGUAGGUUGCUGCUGAGGAAGACCAGGAGGGACGAAGGGGGUGACAAGUUCCUGUUGGAGUUCUAUGUGCCACCCAAGUCGUCAAAGCCCAAGGUGAGCAUCCCUCUGUCUGCCAUCGUAGAGGUGAGGACCACUAUGCCCCUGGAGAUGCCUGACAAAGACAAUACCUUCGUCCUGAAGGUAAGGGUGGAAAAUGGAGGUGAAUAUAUCCUGGAGACCAUCGACUCGCUGCAGAAAACCUCCUGGGUUGCUGACAUCCAGGACUGCAUGGACCCUGGGGACAGUGGAGAUGACAUUGAGCUGGCGUCAUGUCCCCACGGCCAGGCAUCUAAAGAGUUCUCCAUGGUGUCCUCCUGCAGCUGUGAGCUUCUGUCAGAGGGUGUUCAUCGUACCCCUGAGAGAUCCUGUGGAUCAGCAACAACAGAACUGUAUAGCGCCCCCUCUGUCCGCUGCAGAGAACUACCCUUCACCCAGCACCCUUCCCAUGUCCCCCUGGAGCGCUUCCUCCAGCCCCCAGAGGCCCAGGGGAAAAGCCCCACAGCAGGGGUUCUAGGUGACGGGGUGACUGAGGCGGAGGCGGACCCCAGCCUGGCCGAGUACCCAUGGUUCCACGGGACAUUGUCACGCGUGCGUGCUGCCCAACUGGUGCUGGCGGGCGGAGCUAGGAGCCACGGGCUGUUUGUGAUUCGCCAAAGCGAGACGCGCCCGGGAGAGUACGUCCUCACCUUUAACUUCCAGGGCAAAGCUAAGCACCUGCGUCUGUCGGUGAAUGGUAACGGCCAGUGUCAUGUUCAUCAUCUGUGGUUCCACACCGUGUCAGAUAUGCUCAGGCAUUUCCAUGCCCACCCCAUCCCUCUGGAGUCAGGGGGCUCCGCUGACAUCACACUGCGUUCCUACGUACAAGUACAGGUUACCCCCACAGACAGAUAUCCCGUCUCUCUCUACUGCUCUCACACAGAUGUGACCGUGCCUCAGCUCCCCACCCCACCCAGGGACCAAGGCUGCUGGACUGACCCAAUCCAGCCAACCCUUCACCUCCCUGGGUUCUCGCAGCCGGCAGGGCCCCCCUCCGACACCCCGAUCUCAUCCAGCUCCUCAUCCUCGCCCAUCGCCCUUCCUUCCCUCUCCCGUGGUGAGCCAGGCAGCGGAGGAGGAGGAGGAGGCGAGGGGCUGGUUAGCAGGAGCAACAGCUCAGAACGUCUGCUAGAUCCCUCUAGUGGUGCCUCGGAGGACUACCAAGAGACAGACGGAACACGCAGGGCCAGAGCUGUGGAGAACCAGUACUCCUUCUACUGAGACUGGGCGCAACCAAACCCGGGAGCUCACAUUGGCUGAGACACAGGACGUACAGGGAUUUGGACUAAAUAGGUGAAAUGUCACGGAUGGCUGGGGAGUGUGGAUGGACAUGGAUCACUCAUUAUCUUGUUUAUUUGCUUGUUUGUGUUCCAAGAGAUGUCCUGUUUCUCCAACGUGUGUCUGUGUCCAGUUAACCCCUGGCUCUGUGGCCACCCUCAUCAGCUGACAUUAAGGAUAUGAAGAAACAGAUGAUUUAGUCUUGAGAGAGAGGGAGGGAUGAAUGGAGACAGUGGGAGAGAUGGAUGGAUGGAGGAGGAGAGGGGGAGGGAGGGAGAGUGAGUGAUGAGGGGUGGAUGGAGAAGGAGAGCGAGAGAUAGGAAUGGAGACAGAUAGAAGGAUGGAUGGAGAGAGACAGGGAUGGUAGAGAGAGAGAGAGAGAGAGAGGAAAUGGCCCAGUGGAGGUUUUGAUUCACUUCACCAGACCACUUCCUGUCUGCUCUACCCACAAUUCCCUAGGAACAAAGCCUGUUACCGCCCUGCUAAGUAACCAGAGCUGAAGCUACCCUACCUAAAUGGUUUUCCUCCCCAGGCCCUCUUGAGCAUAACCCUAAUGUUUGUGAAGCUGCUUCUAGUCUGUCCCGGAUAUCCUCACUGUCCCCAAGGGGAGUGACAAAUACAACACUCUUUCUCCUCCUGUAGCUUUGCCAAAAUGAAUGGUAACAUCAGUAUAGUGAUGGGUGUGUUGGUGUUAUUUCAGAUGUUCUUAGUGUACAGGCAAAAGGUCCUAGUGCCCGUCAGUUACACAGCACUUUGACCAUAUGAUGUGUGACUGACGGGCCGUCUCAUUGGCAGUGAUGACCUCAGGUCAGAGUGAUGAAACAUGCAGGGUUGGGGGUCAUUUCGAUUCCAGUCAAUUCAGAAAGGAAACCAAAUUCCAAUUCCAAAUUGUCCUCUUGAAAAGCAAUAAAGAGAAUUAGAACCUCAGUGUACUUCCUGAAUUGACUGGAACUUCAAUGGAAUUGAUCCCAAUCCAGAACACAUGAUCCACAUCUCCACCAACCAGAACACAGCUCAGCAUUCCAGCUCACAUCUCCACCAACCAGAACACAGCUCAGCAUUCCAGCUCACAUCUCCACCAACCAGAACACAGCUCAGUAUCUCCACCAACCAGAACACAGCUCAGUAUCUCCACCAACCAGAACACAGCUCAGCAUCUCCACCAACCAGAACACAGCUCAGCAUCUCCACCAACCAGAACACAGCUCAGCAUUCCAGCUCACAUCUCCACCAACCAGAACACAGCUCCGUAUCUCCACCAACCAGAACACAGCUCAGCAUUCCAGCUCACAUCUCCACCAACCAGAACACAGCUCAGUAUCUCCACCAACCAGAACACAGCUCAGCAUCUCCACCAACCAGAACACAGCUCAGCAUUCCAGCUCAGCAUCUCCACCAACCAGAACACAGCUCACAUCUCCACCAACCAGAACACAGCUCAGCAUCUCCACCAACCAGAACACAGCUCAGCAUUCCAGCUCAGCAUCUCCACCAACCAGAACACAGCUCAGCAUCUCCACCAACCAGAACACAGCUCAGUAUCUCCACCAACCAGAACACAGCUCAGCAUUCCAGCUCAGCAUCUCCACCAACCAGAACACAGCUCAGUAUCUCCACCAACCAGAACACAGCUCAGCAUUCCAGCUCACAUCUCCACCAACCAGAACACAGCUCAGUAUCUCCACCAACCAGAACACAGCUCAGUAUCUCCACCAACCAGAACACAGCUCAGCAUCUCCACCAACCAGAACACAGCUCAGCAUCUCCACCAACCAGAACACAGCUCAGCAUUCCAGCUCACAUCUCCACCAACCAGAACACAGCUCCGUAUCUCCACCAACCAGAACACAGCUCAGCAUUCCAGCUCACAUCUCCACCAACCAGAACACAGCUCAGUAUCUCCACCAACCAGAACACAGCUCAGCAUCUCCACCAACCAGAACACAGCUCAGCAUUCCAGCUCAGCAUCUCCACCAACCAGAACACAGCUCACAUCUCCACCAACCAGAACACAGCUCACAUCUCCACCAACCAGAACACAGCUCAGCAUCUCCACCAACCAGAACACAGCUCAGCAUUCCAGCUCAGCAUCUCCACCAACCAGAACACAGCUCAGCAUCUCCACCAACCAGAACACAGCUCAGUAUCUCCACCAACCAGAACACAGCUCAGCAUUCCAGCUCAGCAUCUCCACCAACCAGAACACAGCUCAGUAUCUCCACCAACCAGAACACAGCUCAGCAUUCCAGCUCAGCAUCUCCACCAACCAGAACACAGCUCAGUAUCUCCACCAACCAGAACACAGCUCAGCAUCUCCACCAACCAGAACACAGCUCAGUAUCUCCACCAACCAGAACACAGCUCAGUAUCUCCACCAACCAGAACACAGCUCAGCAUCUCCACCAACCAGAACACAGCUCAGUAUCUCCACCAACCAGAACACAGCUCAGUAUCUCCACCAACCAGAACACAGCUCAGUAUCUCCACCAACCAGAACACAGCUCAGUAUCUCCACCAACCAGAACACAGCUCAGCAUCUCCACCAACCAGAACACAGCUCAGUAUCUCCACCAACCAGAACACAGCUCAGUAUCUCCACCAACCAGAACACAGCUCAGCAUCUCCACCAACCAGAACACAUAUUAACAUGGUGCAGCCGGCAACAUUUUCACAUCGAAGGCUGCUACUGUAAUUCAGUCAAAUUCAAUGCAUAAUAUUCAACAUGUUUCGUUUCCACGGACGGUUGUUGGUGGGGACAAUCCAGAAUCUACUGGAAGGGGGUAUCUUACAUAUAGACACACAGGUGCUGUACGAUGGCAAGCACCUCCAAGACAACUGAAAGCCAUGCGAUAUGAUCAGCUAUAUCAGAGGAUAUAUCAUAGGUUACAGUAUUACAGUAUAAAAACAACAGAACCUGGGGGGGGGGGUUGUUCUGGCUGACCUCUAUGGGUUUGACUGAUGUCUGAUGUCCAGCUCCAAGCCUGAUGUUUGAUGUGCUACAGUUGUGUUUUCUGUACCUGGUCCUAUACCGCCCCUUUGUGUGAUGGGUUUCUGUCUGAGGUAUCAUAUCAUUUUCAGAAACCUGAAGACUUGACUCAUUUUUAAAAAUUGGUUUGGAACGUUCUAAAGAACUGGUUGAUUAUGGAAUUAGAAUACAGGAAAACCAGCUGAAACAGGGGGACUUGACGACCGUAGUUUAGGGGACUUGACGACCGUAGUUUAGGGGACUUGACGACCGUAGUUUAGGGGACUUGACGACCGUAGUUUAGGGGACUUGACGACCGUAGUUUAGGGGACUUGACGACCGUAGUUUAGGGGACUUGACGACCGUAGUUUAGGGGACUUGACGACCGUAGUUUAGGGGACUUGACGACCGUAGUUUAGGGGACUUGACGACCGUAGUUUAGGGGACUUGACGACCGUAGUUUAGGGGACUUGACGACCGUAGUUUAGGGGACUUGACGACCGUAGUUUAGGGGACUUGACGACCGUAGUUUAGGGGACUUGACGACCGUAGUUUAGGGGACUUGACGACCGUAGUUUAGGGGACUUGACGACCGUAGUUUAGGGGACUUGACGACCGUAGUUUAGGGGACUUGACGACCGUAGUUUGGGGGACUUGACGACCGUAAUUUGGGGGACUUGACGACCGUAGUUUGGGGGACUUGACGACCGUAGUUUGGGGGACUUGACGACCGUAGUUUGGGGGACUUGACGACCGUAGUUUGGGGGACUUGACGACCGUAGUUUGGGGGACUUGACGACCGUAGUUUGGGGGACUUGACGACCGUAGUUUGGGGGACUUGACGACCGUAGUUUGGGGGACUUAGUGUUACAUACUGGUACCGCUGCAUGGUUAACUCUAGGGUAAGGACCUAGAACUGUACAGUAGUCCCUAGAUGGUCAUGCUAGGACAGAAUCGGUAACAGGUUAGUAUUAAAAUAGCAUUUGUAAUUAGUCCUGUCUAGCAUAGGGCAACAAUCGUUGUCACCAUAAUGGCCAUAUCAGACUGACAGGAGGAGGAAUGUGGGGGGGGCAGUUAAUGGUAAAUGUGCCAAUUUUUAAAUCUUUUUUUUUUUUUUUUUUAAGAGUAUUUAUUCCUCAGCUGUUGUAAAUGACAUUUUCCUAUCAAGUCUUAUUGAUGUCAUUGUUCUCAGUGAGAUCCUCAGUGCAACCAGUGACUCACAGCAGACUUGGUCACAUAUCAGAGGCUAGGGCCGGAGUGGUGUCCUCUUCAUUGUACUUAACAUGUAGUGUUGAUUUCUGUUGUCUGGCUGAGUUUAAGAGUCUGUGCAAUUUUGUACUGAGUGAUGUACUUGACAUAACUUUAUAUUUCUGUGAAUAAAACUUGAGUAAACUGUUA